UUCAUUAAAUUAAUUUCUCACGACAACUUUAUUAAUAAAUAAUUAUAUUUAUGUAAAAUAUUUGUUCAUAUUUCUGGCUCAUGAGCACUUUUUAUUUUGAUUAAUUAAUCACAAACUCAUUAACAUAUUUGGCCUAAAUGUCAAAUAUUUCUCAUAUUUCAGGCUCAUGAGCCCCCUUUCCUUUGAUUAAAAUGUAUAAUAUUAUCCCUGAUGAAAAACUAAAUAUUUAAAGUUUUGAAAAAAUGUAUAUAUUAAACAUUUAUACAAACAUAUGCAAUAUCUGAUUCAUAUUCAGUAAUGUUUUGUAUUUCUCUUUGCUUUGUUUGUCAUCAGCAGCUAAACCCCCCCUCAAAACAUCGUAAGUAUAUUUUUUGGUUGACUUUAAGACAUCUUCUCAGUAUUUAUGUUUAGAGAUAGUAAUAAUAGUAAAUUGUAUUUUUUUAUGCUACUAAGAUAUUACUUCCUUUUUCUUACCAUCAGAAUGGCGCAUCCAUAUUCCACCCCUCAAAAGCUGGCGCUAAAAUGUAUACAGACACGUCUAAUACAAAAAGCUGGCUCAUUUGUCCGCCGAGGGUUUAAAAUUACCAUUGACACACAGCACACAUCAACAGUCUGUGCCCUCACAGAUGGUAGUAGGGCCAUUUACCACAAAAAAAAUGGCUCGUAUCCUGAAUUUGAGGAGGGGGCAUCGUAUAUUUUAAAAAAUUGCACAUUGUCCGACAGACAUGGGAGGCUCUGUCUUCUUGUGGGAAGAUCCACAUUAAAGUUUAGAACAGCUCCAUUAAAAAUUUCUGAGGAGGCAGAGAGAGCUGCAGUGGAAUUAAUCCAUCCACCAUCCUAUUCUGCCACUGGUGAGGAGGAGGAUCUGUUUUCCAGGAGUGGAUAUCUCAGCCUCCUAGGAAAAGUUGAAAAAAUCCAGAAAGUAAGGAUGACAAUGUCAGACAUCCCAGUCUUGGACCUCAAAAUGAAGUGCGGCGAAAGGCUCCUUGAUGUGUCCCUGUGGAGGGAUGAAGCACUCAGUGAACUCCAUGAGGGAGACAAUGUGCACAUCAGCCAUAUGCGUGCCACCAUUUUGGCAAGUGGCAAUGCAAAACUUCAGUCAUCGAACUAUACUACCAUUAAGAUCGAGGAGGUUGAACCUGUCGAACAGGAAGUUGAAGUUGUGGGAGUGACUGAAAUUGAUGACAACUGCCACCUACUUACUGCGGAUGAUGAAAUCUUUGUUGUGCCUUCUGAACAUUAUUGUGGCAGCAUUGAUGACCUAAUCAUGGAGUUGCCCAUGAAAAUUAUUGUAAAUCAUGUUAAUAAACGAGUAGUUAGCGUACAAACAGUAAACUAAUCAGUAAUCAGUUCAGCGAAUCAGUUUUAUUGUAGUCAUAGCUUUAUAGACUAAUCAGUAAUCAGUUCAGCGAAUCAGUUUUAUUGUAGUCACAGCUUUAUAGACUAAUCAGUAAUCAGUUCAGCGAAUCAGUUUUAUUGUAGUCAUAGCUUUAUAGACUAAUCAGUAAUCAGUUCAGCGAAUCAGUUUUAUUGUAGUCACAGCUUUAUAGACUAAUCAGUAAUCAGUUCAGCGAAUCAGUUUUAUUGUAGUCAUAGCUUUAUAGACUAAUCAGUAAUCAGUUAAGCGAAUCAGUUUUAUUGUAUUUUAUUUUUUUUGUAGUUAUAUAUA